AUGACCAGUCGAGAGGUUGAGGUUGGGUUCGAACCAUCGACCUUCGGGACCUUGCAUCGAAAAGGUAUAAUUGAUUUUGAUGAAAUUUCAGCUCCGCUAGGUGUUGACCAGACAGACAACACCCCCUCAAUAUGCAGCGCGUCACGGCCUUGCAUCAAACCCAGACAGCGCGAGUCAACACUGAUUAAGACAACGCCCCCGCAAUAUGCAACACGUCGCUGCCUCGUACUAAAGCCAGACCGCGUGCGUCUGCAUUGGACCAAGUUCAGACAGCGUCCUUCCAAUAAAAAGUUUGAGACCGUUGUACUUUUCGCACUCGCGCUCUCGCAACCACUUUGUUGGAAUAUAGCUAUCGUGUUUCCUUCCGUGAGCCUUUUUCUCUCCGACACUAGGGACUGGAGCGGGUCAGCAGCAGAUACCACAGGCGGGCAAAUCAGCAGAUAUAACACUAAUGUUGGUCAGAAGCACUCUCUGCCCCCUACCAAUCACCCCCAUUUUGAACUGGUGGCUUCACCCAGGACAGCACACCAGAGACUUUCCCGUUGUUGCGAUCCUCAUAUCAGCACUGAAAGUCACCUGUUAUCUGCUACUCAGUUGCGUAAUCAAGUUCGACUUGCCACAUACUGUACACCAACUCCAGAAGCGCCACAGAAAGCAAGUUAUCAACUGCUGCUGAAUUUUGGUCAAGCACGUUUUCAUGAGCAGUCGCUGGAUUUUUUUUCAACAUUCGCGUAUACGGAGUGGCCUUCAGAGACAGGAUAUUUUGGUCUGUAUCUAUCAAAUGUGCAUAUGCACUUUCUAGAAAAUGCAAAGUUGCGAUUUUGGGGUUUUGGGGGAUAG